AUGCAGACCCUUUACGUGAUCCUCUUCUUUAUUGGCUGCGCGCUGGCGUGCGAUAUCAUUGUUCAUGUGAAAUCGGAUACGGAUAAGCCAUUCCAAGCUCAAGUCACCGCCAGCAACGGAAAGAAGAGUGACAAGUGGAAUCUUGACAAGAAGAAGGUCAAAUUUUCGUUUCACCAGAAAGCUGAUGAGUGUGGACUGAAUGAUUGGUCGAUCACCACAUGGGAGAAAGGAGUUGAGAAGAGCACUGUCAAGGUGACUUUGGACGGAACCGGUCGUGUCACCUACUUGGUCGGUGAUGACUUCAAACCGGUGCAAAAGGAUCGCCAGGGAGCGAUUUGCAAGGGAGACUGCGCCCCAUUG